UGACGAAAACAAGUGGAAAGAGUAUUUUCCACUACCGACUGUGUUGUCGGGUCUUUUCAAACACAUCGAGACGCUCUUUAAUGUGAAAAUCGUCGAAAGCAAGAAAGCGGACAUUUGGCAUAAAGAUGUCUGGUUCUUCGACAUAUUCGAUUUGAACGGAUCCAAUGCAGCACCCAUCGCGAAUUUCUACCUAGAUCCCUACGCCAGAGGAACGGAGAAGUUCCGUAAAGAACAAGCCUCGGGAUGGGUGUCCACGAUCAAAAGCAAGAGCAAAGUCGGCAAUAGCACUCCAUUGAUCGCUAUGAUCUUCAAUUUUCCGCCCCCGAUAGGCGAUAAACCUUCUCUUCUUUCCUUCAAGGACAUACAGAUUCUUUUCCAAAAAUUUGGACACGCUUUGCAACAUUUACUAACUACGAUCGAGUAUUCUGACAUUGCUGGAUUGUCAUUUGUGGAAUGGGAUGCAGUAUUCAUAUGUGAUUUCUUCAUGGAGAACUGGUUGUACGAACCAUUUAUGUUGCAAAAAAUCUCUGAACAUUACGAAACGAAGGAACCAUUACCUGCGGAGGCUAUCGACAGUAUUAAAAAAAUGAGAUCGCAUUUGGCUGGCUAUAAGCUUUGUAAAGAACUUUAUUUGUCACAUUUGGAUCUGGAGCUGCAUUCCAGUGAAACAUUUUGGGUAACUAUCAUGAAACGCCUAUGGCCGAAAUAUUUCGUGUUGCCACUCGAAAAAAGGGACGUUCAUGUUUGCAAUUUCGAUGUUAUAUGGAGUGGCAAUUGGGCAGCCGCGUAUUUCAGCAAAAUUUGGUCUGAGAUGAUAGCUGCCGAUUUAUACACGGCUUUUCAAGAGAUCAAGUUCGAUGAAUCACAGCAUAAGGAAUUAGGUAUGAGAUUCCGUAACACGUUUUUAUCUUUGGGCGGUAGUUAUCCUGCCGCCGAGGUAUUCAGGCAAUUUAGGGGAAGAGAUCCGAGCCCACAAGCAUUAUUAGACAAUCUUGGGUUAACGAAUUCGACGAAGGAAACCAAAUGA